GCCUCUUAGUAGGUAACUUGUUGGGAGUUUCGGGCGGAGUCGAGGAGAAACGGUUUAUAUCAGGGUGCCUUUAAGCGGACCAAGCUGGGUUCCUUGUCUGCCUCGGUUCAGGACUUGGUUACCACGCUGAGUGAGUCUGGCAUAGAAAGAUUAAGGGAACAUUUUAAAGGGAAGUAAAUCAGAAUGCCUUCAAACAAAGACGAUGGAGGAUGGAAGAAGUUUCUGUGGAAUUCGGAGAAAGGAGAGCUGCUCGGUCGUACCGGAGGGAGUUGGUUCAAAAUUUUUGCAUUCUAUACCAUUUUCUAUGGCUUCCUGGCUGGAAUCUUCAUCGGAACCAUCCAAGCUAUGCUACUCACACUGAGCGACUACAAGCCCACCUGGCAGGACAGAGUCGCACCCCCUGGCCUUACACACACUCCACGAUCAGACAAAGCUGAAGUGUCCUUCAACCUCAAUGACAUGGAGACCUACCUGCCUUACACCAAGGCCUUGAGGGAAUUUCUGGCAAAGUAUGACGAUGAACUCCAGAGGGACCAGAUGAAGUAUGAGGACUGUGGAAAUGAGCCUGCAUCGUACAAGAACAGGGGCGACUUUGAAAGCGAUAUAGGCAUCAGGAAGGCCUGUCGUUUUUCCAGGACCCUGCUGGGACCCUGCUCUGGCAUCGAGGACCGCGAGUUUGGUUUCAAGGAGGGCAAGCCCUGCCUGAUUGUAAAGCUCAACAGGGUUGUCAACUUUCGUCCAAAGACUCCUACCUCAAAUGAAAGUAUCCCUGAUGAUGCUCAACACAAGGUGCAGCCCAAUGUCGUUCCUCUCUACUGCACCAACAAGAAAGAGGAGGAUGCUGGUAAAAUUGGGGAGGUUAAGUACUACGGUAUCGGCGGCGGCUUCCCCCUGCAGUAUUACCCCUACUACGGCAAACUGCUGCACCCUCAGUACUUGCAGCCGCUGGUGGCUCUGCAGUUCACCAACCUGACCCUGAACACUGAACUGCGUAUCGAGUGCAAAGUGUUCGGAGACAACAUUGGCUACAGCGACAAGGACCGCUACCAGGGACGCUUUGACAUCAAGAUAACAAUUAACAGUUUAUGACCGACAUCAGGACCAUAGCACUUUUCCUGGCCACCCCUCAGCCCCCUCUCCCCCCUUUGUCCUUAACUAGAUACAAAUCUUAUGUAGGAGAUUGUAAGUGAGAGGGGUAGGCUCUAGCGGUUAAGUCAAUCACAAAUAGUCUUGAAUGAAUAAAUGAAAGAAAAUACAUGAUAGGGGACCGAUCUUGUCUGCUUUCAUCACUAGCUUCUACACUUCUGCCUAGCGUUAGAAUGUAAUUUAGAGGAAAAGUAGCAAUAGGCCUAAUAAAAAUAUUUAUUCAGCAGUAAAUGAGACUUUUCCACAAGCCAUGGGACAUUGUUCAUUGAUGACUGUAAAGUUUAAUUCCAUCUCUGACAUGUAGCAAGCUGUCCCCUCUGCAUAUCGCUGCCUUGUGUGGUUUCAGUAGAUAUUUUUGGAGUGUGCAAGAUUAGAUGCAAAAUCUGGUCCUUCCAAAUCACGCUGUUCCUCAUUUUCUUCUGUGAGCAAGCAUUAGCAGUUCUGGGCAUGUGUGUGUCAGACGUGAACACACACUCCUACUUACUUAACGAUUGAAAUAGUUUUGGUACACUCUUCUGAUCUGUGUAAGGAAAAGGCUGCACUCCAGGGAACUUCUUUCCUCUUUUUAUUCGUCUUUUACACCUGAUUAUGGGAGACUUAUUUUACUUUGCCAUUUUUCUUUUUUGCUUUUUUUAAAUCACUUAAAUGUGUGAAGGGGUUUUAUUACUUGGUUUCAUGCCUUUUACUUUUGAUUUUGCCUUGGAUGUAGAGUUUUGUGUCCAGCCUGUUAGACACUUUGGCCUGCUGUAUGGGCGAUGGUGCUAACUCAAGUUUUUGAGAUUGAUGUUUUUUCUGCUGGAUUCAUCACAGCGUUGUGGUGUAACUCUCUGAAUGUUUUAGCCAUCGAACAUGGUGGAAGAAUUUUAUAUUUAUGCAGUUGUACAUUUUGUUUCUUUGCAGAAUAUUGUAAUGUAUAAAUGCAAUACCAAAGUGACGAGAUGAAAAGUCUUUAUCAGGAACAAUGCAGUACUCGUUAUUAGGAUCUCAUGUUAAGUGCUGAAGUCUUGCCUUGCAACCUCAAUGGUUAACUCUUUAAUUUGUGUUUUGGUCAUGAAUGUAGUUGGGUGUAGAAUGAACAGGUAACAGGCAGUUUAAUUCCACAAUGACCUGAUGUCAUGCAUUUAAAAAAAAAAAAAAAAAAAAGAUCUAACAGAGCUCUGUGGCUUAAGAUGAUUAAGGAUGUUGGCUUUAAUAUUCCAUAGGAUCUCAUGUUGAUGUGUAACACUCAAACUUUAACAUCAGUCAACUUUCCAUCAGUUCACCCAGCUUUGUCAUAUUAAUCAAAGAUAGAAACAAAUAAAAAUCAUAACAAACCUUU